UUUCUGCCUGGAGUCUGUGGUAAAAUACAGAUGCUGAGUAAUAGAAUUGGGCUGUUAAGAGCUUUUGCCUUGAGACUUUUGAUGGAAAUAACAUAAACUCGCUCCAACUGGAUCGUUUUAUAAGGCAAGUCGAGUUUGAAUAAAUUAUCCAGAGCGAGUCGGAAGAGCGUCAAAGUGGGCGUGGCUGCAUAUAUUAGUCAAAUACCUCUCGUUCUCCGCCAAUAGCGCGCGCCACCAGCGCUGGUGUGAAAUAAAUUAUGCAAGUAGCACAGGCUGCAGAUAUUCACCAGCGCAGAGAUGAGCUGACCUUGGAGUUUCUUUGUGCUGCGGCAGUGGAUGUAUGGUCUCCUGAUAAAGCGAGGUUUUCUGCUGGGGAGUCACGCACAGUGUUCCUGCAAACGCACACAAAGGAUGUAAAGCUCCAGAGGCUGUAGGAAGGACACGCGUUCGCUUCCCUGCGCGAUUUCUUAUGGACGCAAUAGCAUGAAUUCUCCAUGCUAUUCCGUGGCGAUGGAUCUUGGUGUUUGUCAGCUUAGAAAUUUCUCCAUAUCUUUCCUCUCGUCGUUGUUGGGGACUGAGACCUCGUCCGUCAAGCUCGACAAUAGCUCGUCGGGUGCCAGUGUUGUGGCUAUAGACAACAAAAUUGAACAAGCGAUGGAUCUGGUGAAGAGUCACCUGAUGUACGCUGUCCGUGAAGAGGUGGAGGUGUUGAAAGAACAGAUUAAAGAACUGAUUGAGAGAAAUUCUCAGCUGGAGCAGGAAAACAACCUGCUGAAGAACCUGGCCAGUCCGGAGCAGCUCGCACAGUUCCAGGCACAGGUUCAGAGCGGCUCGCCGCCGCCGUCGUCCACGCAGGGAGGGCAGCCGCCGGCCCCGUCGGCCCCACUCGCAGCACAGCACUCUGGCCCGUCGGCGUAGCUCUGAACGACAGUUCAUGUUAAGGGCCAAUGAGUGGCUGGAAACGGACUGAAGCUUCUGAACAAACAUGCCUCACUCACAUGUUAGACUGACAGAAUUUGCACACCUUUCAAAACUUGACAAUGUAGAGGUGAUUUACACCAGUGACAGUCCAGUUGGCUGAGGCGGGACAUUGCCAAAAUCCACGGAACGUGAUCGUCAGGAAAACAAUCCUGGAGGACGCGAUAUAAAGAAUCAAUGUGCCUGUCUAAAGUCCCGUUGGUUUUCGGUCAAGGCUGUUUUCCGUGUCUCCCUUACCUUUGUGUAGUGUACAUGCUGACGGCGGUCUUUUUAGACUGCGAGCUUCUUCUAAAGCAAGCACUUUUAUGGUGACGAUUGUGAUGAGACUUUGAAGAGCUGCCGAUCUGUGCCCCAGCUGGCAUGGGGAAGGCAGACACAUUGACUUCCAGUUGCAUUGGUGUAAUCAUGAUACUUUUUUUGGAAUGAAGAAAACGACGAGGAGGUAUGAUCCUUCAAAUCCUCAUUCGUUCCCUGUGCAGUGAGGAUGACGGAUGAGCUGAAUUGCAAGGUGGACAGGCUGUAUAUUAUUGUAUGAUUAGUGUAAGUAUUUUGUAAAAUAGCGAUAUCAUGUGAAGCGGCUAGAGACACUAUAUAGGUUGUACAGAUUUAAGGGGUAGCGAGGUAGUUGGCUUACCCAGGAGACGUCAUCCUUCUUUUUUUUAAUGCUGUUAAGCAGGAUCGGUCUUACGAUAUUUAUCUGGCAGAUGGAAACUACUCAUCUAACACCUACUGUACACUACUUUUUUGUUCACUUGAGAUGAUUUUGAAGUAUUACACCCAUGUGAUUUCUGUUUUCAGUUUGGACAGUGAAGUAUUCUGGAUCUUUUAACUUACAUUUAAUCUCAACUAUCAUAUAGCUGACAUGGAUUUGCAUUGUGUACAACUUGUAUGCUUCUGUUCUGUGCAUGUUCUCAAAACCAGGAGAUAAGUUGUAAAAUACUGUAAUUGCACUUGCCAGUUGCACUUCACAACUCUCAAUAAAGUCAUGUUUGUGAAAA